AUUUCCGGUGGUAUUUUAAUGUAUAUCGUAUUUGGCUUUUGGGCCGGACUUACGGUCAGCGUUCUGUUGGUUAUGGAGGGGUUGAGCGCUUUUCUUCACGCCCUUCGACUGCACUGGGUCGAGUUUCAGAGCAAGUUCUACAGCGGGUCGGGCUAUUCGUUUCAGCCCUUCUCCUUCGAGGUAAUACUGGAACAGACGGCCGCCGAGUCCGCCACUGACGCCACCGCUUAACCAUUCAGUGUUGUAUCCGUUGAUCUAAUUGUGGUUUAUUUUUAAUUGAAUUAACAUAAUUAUUGGAUUUUAUCUCAACAUUUUAAGAGUAUAUAAGAAACGC